AUGGUGAAAGCUCGUAAAGUGCCAAAUGCAACUAAAGAAGAGUUGAUGAUGUUAACUGUCAGUGAGAUCAUCUCUCAUCUACUUAAAGCCAUUGAUGAGAAACGUGAUGUUGAUUUAAAUAAGCUAAAAUCUGCUGUAUCUAGUAAAUACGGUUUAGCUUCACAACCAAGACUAGUCGAUUUAAUCGCUGCUGUUCCAACAGAACAUAAACAUAUAUUAUUACCUCGAUUAAAAGCCAAACCAGUACGAUCAGCUAGUGGUAUUGUUGUAAUAGCAGUGAUGUGUAAACCGCAUCGAUGUCCACAUAUCGCUAUGACUGGAAAUGUCUGUGUUUAUUGUCCUGGUGGACCAGAUUCUGAUUUCGAAUAUUCUACACAAUCCUAUACUGGAUAUGAGCCAACUUCAAUGCGUGCUAUACGAGCUCGUUACAAUCCCUUCAUUCAAACACGUCAUCGUAUUGAACAGCUUCAACAACUUGGCCAUGCAUGUGAUAAAGUGGAAUUCAUUGUUAUGGGUGGUACAUUUAUGUGUUUAUCUGAAGAAUAUCGUGAUUAUUUUAUUCGAAGUUUACAUGAUGCUCUUUCUGGACAUACAAGUCAAAAUGUUGAUGAAGCUGUUAGUUAUUCUGAAAGGAGUAAAACAAAAUGCGUCGGUAUCACUAUAGAAACACGUCCAGAUUAUUGUUUAAAGAAACAUUUAAGUGAAAUGUUACGUUAUGGAUGUACACGAUUAGAAAUUGGUGUUCAAAGUGUGUAUGAAGAUGUUGCUAGAGAUACGAACAGAGGUCAUACUGUCAAAGCGGUGUGUGAAUCAUUUCAUAUGUCUAAAGAUGCUGGAUUCAAGGUGGUUGCACAUAUGAUGCCUGAUUUACCAAAUGUUGGCUGGAAAGAGAUUUAG